AUGAGUGUAAGUCAUGUCGAGGACAUUCCUGUUGAAAUGCCCAAGAAGGAAAGGUUGCCUUUAUUCCCGGUAGUAAUCAUGCUUGAAAAAAUAUUCAGUUUAUUUAUAGUCCUUGCAUUUACGAAUGAAAGCCUUGCUAAAUCCUUGUUGAGAACGAAGCGAGAAGCUUACGAUCUUCCAGACUCAACAGGUAUCUUGUUAGAACCACUUAGAACCACUUUUACCUGCACCAAAGAUGGCUACUACGCAGAUACCGACAACAACUGCCAAGUGUUCCACGUCUGUCUCGCACGGGCUCCUGGAUCUACUUCGUUCAGACACUGGUCUUUCUUGUGCGGAAACCAAACCAUUUUCAACCAACUCACGAUGACCUGCACCAACCUUGACGACGCCAUUCCUUGCUUUGCUUCCGAAGACUUCCACUAUCUCAACGACAGAAUAAUUAAUGGGAACACUAAGUCAAACUUCCUGACGGAUGAGGACAUCCAAGAAGCAGAAAACAUUAAACGCAAUUUCAGAAAUGUUGCCUACGCAAGACAAGGACAAGGAAGUUUAACUAAACCAUGAACAGUUUUUCGUCAAUAUUUUCAAUCAAGUUAUUUUAAAGUGUUAUGUAUAGUCCAUCAAAAUGAACUUUAAACCAUCUAUUUUGGUUAUCCACAACGUCUUGCUAGUAAGUAUAUCUCGUUAGUUAAAAGGGAACAGAAGACAUAAGGAUGAUUGGCAUUUCAUUGGAGCAAUGGUACUGAAGUAAUA